UUUUUCGUCUUUGAUUUCUUCGCCCACAAAGAGGUCUUCUUCGACAAAGUUAUCAGGAUUACUGUGAUGCACUCUAAGAUGCUGAGGAGUUUCUGUGUCGGCUCCUUUAAGCUGGAUGUGUGGACAGUCUACAAACAGCCAGGUCAGCAGUUCGUCAAUAAGUGGGCGAUGCUGACCAAUCCUGGUGACAUUAGCACUGGGGUCAAAGGUUAUGUCAAGUGUGACAUCAGCGUCUCAGCGAAGGGAGACGCCAUGCAACCAGGUCCGAAAGCGAGUGAUGCUGAAGAGCAGAUAGACAAGAGCCUGCUGAUACCAGAGGGUUUUCCCUCCGAACGACCAUGGGCUCGUUUCUGCGUGAAGGUGUAUCGAGCUGAAGGCCUCCCCCGCAACAACUCCAGCAUCAUGGCCAAUGUCACCAAGGCCUUCAUAGGAGACAACACAGCACUCAUAGACCCAUAUGUAGUGGUCAGCUUCUUCAAACAAGUGGGUCGCACAUCCACUCAGAAGUCCACAGCGGACCCGGUGUGGAACGAACAGAUUGUCUUCACAGAGAUGUUUCCUCCUCUGUGUCAGAGACUCAAGAUCCAGGUCUGGGAUGAGGGAAGCAUGAGUGAUGUCGCCAUAGGAACCCAUUACUUUGACCUGAGACGCAUCUCCAACGAACAGGAUGGUGACAGAGGGUUUUUGCCAACUUUUGGUCCUGCUUGGAUCAACCUGUACGGCUCUGCCCGAAACUUUUCAUUGGGUGACGACACGGUGGAGCUUAAUGAGGGCAUCGGAGAGGGCGUGUCAUACAGGGGGCGGGUCUACAUGGAGCUGGCAGUGGAGAUCCUCUCAGGAGGGACGGGUUCAGAGUCCAAACUCAGCCGAAUGAUCAGGCCCGUGAAGGACACCAAAGCCGGAAGAGUCGGCGGGAAGGAUGGGAAGACUGCUGCAGGGGGAGGAGCGGGAGGAGCAGCGGGAGGAGGUGCUGAUGAUGACAAAGGAAAAGCUGUGGCAGCAGAGGUCUCGCCUGUGGAGUCUCCUCCUCUGGAUGCCGACAGCAAGGAGUGCUUCCUGCUGUUUGGUGCACUGUUCGAAGCCACCAUGAUUGACAGGAAGAUCGGAGACAAGCCAAUCAGCUUCGAGUUCUCCCUGGGUAGCUACGGUAAUACCUUAGAGCCUACAGGCCAGCCCAGCGUCAGUGUCAAUCCUGCUGUCCCUCGGAGGAGGCGGGGGCUGGACGUCCCAGACAGCAGUGACGUCUUCAGCUCCUCCCCUCUCAGCUCCCCCCCCAACUCCCCAUCUUCCCCCCUCCUACCCAGAGACCCUCAGGACGCCGCCUUGACCUCUAAGUCCACCACGCCUCCGGAAAGACCGCUCAUCGUCGAAGGCAACAGGUACUACAUGUAUCUGCCCCUGGAAAAGCAGAAGCCGUGUAUUAAUGUUCUGAGUCACUGGGAGGACAGAACCUACCGACUCUACAACUCGAAUAUGCUGGAGAAUAUAGCUGUUCUGUUUGAGGAGGGUGUGGCCAGUGCGGCGGAGCUACACAAGAAGUCAGAUCCUGGGACGGAGGAUAUGCUCAAAACCAUCCUUAAAGAAUUCUGUCUGGAUGCCAGGAGUUUCAUAGCAGCAGCAGAGGCCAAGUUGAAGGCGGAGCUGAAGUCCAGUUACCUGACGCAGCUGGACAAGAAACGCCUUACCAUGUGCACACAGGAGCUGGAGGGUAUGAUAGGAGAAGCCCAGUCCUUGGGAGAGAGGAAGACGAAAGCUGGUGGUGUGAAGGAAAUGCUGCAGGAUGCAACAAAGCUCACACACAGACUACGCUUUCUUGUUGAGGAGCCCCAGCACACAGUACCAGACGUGUUCGUGUGGUUGCUGAGCAACAACAAGCGUGUUGCGUGCGCUCGGGUCCGAGCCAGAGACCUGCUGUUCUCCAGCAGCCAGGAGGCCCGAGGAAUCCACUGCGGCAAGAUAAUAACACUGUUUCUGAAGCCUCCAGGGAAGCGCGUUGCAGGCUUGUCGGUCCAGGCCAAGCUAGAAGUGUAUCUGUGGUUUGGAACGUGUUCAGACUCCCGCCACAUGCUGGACGACCUGCCUGCCGGAUUCAGUCCGGCGACACAGGGCGCUGUGGCCAGCGGCCCUCCAACACACCUGCUCUGCACAGAGCAGCAUCACUUCCAGCUGAGGUGCCACAUGUACCAGGCUCGUGGUCUGAUCGCUGCCGACAACUCCGGCCUGUCUGAUCCUUUCGCUCGCGUCACCUACCUGUCACACAGCCAAACCACCAAUAUUAUCAGUCAGACUCUCAGUCCCACAUGGAAUCAGUGUCUGCCGAUGAGCCGCCUGCUGCUGAGUGGAGAUCUACAGCACAUCCGGCAGGAGCCGCCGCGCAUCCUCAUCGAGGUGUACGACGACGACGCGCUGGGCAGGGCAGAGUAUCUGGGCACCACUGUAGCCGUGCCCGAGGUUCGACUGUCCACUGAUCGCUACACACCUCCAACCCUGCAAUACAGCCCGCUGCACUGCGGCAGCCAGCCAGGAGGGGACCUGCUGGCUGCAUUUGAACUGCUGCAGAUCCCAGAGUCUGAAGAGGAGAGUCUUCCGCCGUUAGAGGAACAGGAGGGAGGCAUCUACACGGUUCCUGCCAACAUCAGACCUGUUCUCAGCACCUACAGGCUAGAGGUGUUAUUCUGGGGUCUGAGGGAGCUAAAAAAGGUUCAGCUCCUGUCUGUUGAUCGCCCGCAGGUCUUAAUGGAGUGUGCGGGUAAAACUUUGCGCUCCUCUGUCAUUCAAAAGUACAAGUCCAACCCAAACUUCACCACGCUGGUUGAUGCCAUAGAGCUGGAGUUGCCAGAGAACGAACACCUCCACCCUCCUCUCAGUAUCACUGUGGUUGACUGGCGGGCCUUCGGUCGCAGCACGCUGGUUGGAAACCACAUCAUCAACAACCUCAAGGCCUUCAAAUAUACUCCGCCUCCAGCCUCGGCGGCUCCCAUACAUACAGACGAACCACCCAAAGCCGCAUUUACCCCCGGACCCGCACUGACACUGGAGCCACAAAGCGCUGAGGAACUGUCGCAGCAUGCUGACGAGACCGGCUCCACUGUAGCGCUAACAAAUCGGGAUUUCCUCAUUACUGUGGAGGAGGGAGCCCCGCCCCCGGCCCCGCCCACCCCGAAGGAGGAACCCAGAAAGAAAAAGGACAGCGGCGCAAAGAGCACUCGUGGCCGUUCCACCAAGCGGAGGAGGCGGACCAUCGCCGACGAAUCAGCAGAGAGUGUCAUCGACUGGUGGUCCAAAUACUACGCGUCUGUAGAGAAGCAGGCCAAACUGAAGGACAGCUCCCCAUUCCCCCAGGUCUUUGAAAAAGCUUUGCCGUACCACAGCUUGCUCAGCGAUGGAAUACACUCUUUGGUGAGCAUCCCCUCGGAUGGAGACAAAAAGAAAAAGCAGAAAGAAAAAGGAACCCUGGAACCAAAUCUUGGUCUACCGACUAAAUUGGCCACACUCAAGCUGUACAACAAGGAGCUGGAAGCAGAGUUUGGGCCAUUCGAUGAUUGGGUGAACACAUACGAGCUGUUCAGAGGGAAAGCCAAUGAGGAAGAAGGGGCAACUGAGGAGAGGUUCGUCGGCAAAUUUAAGGGGCGAUUCUGCCUGUAUAAGCUGACUGAGGACCAGGCAGAGGACGGGGGCGAAGUCGCGGACACGGGGCACUUCAGAGUCAGCAGGGGAAUCCCUCCCAACGGCCCGGUCCAAGUCCUCAUACGGGUUUACGUGGUCUCUGCAUCUAACCUGCACCCAGCUGACCCGGAUGGGAAGGCGGACCCGUACAUUGUUGUUCGCUUGGGCAAAAAUGAAAUCAAAGACAGAGACAACUACAUUCCUAAACAGCUAAACCCUGUGUUUGGAAGAUCUUUUGAGAUGCAGGCAACAUUUCCCCAGGAGACUCUGCUGUCAGUGCUAAUCUAUGACCAUGACUUGGUGGGAGGGGACGACCUGAUAGGAGAGACUCGCAUUGACCUGGAGAACCGAUUCUACAGCCGACACAGAGCCACCUGUGGACUCCCUACUGAGUAUAGCCUUGAGGGUUACAAUGCCUGGAGGGACUCCCUGAAGCCAUCAGAGCUGUUGUCUAAGCUGUGCAGAGAAAGUGGUGUCGACGGGCCUCAUUUCAGACCAGGACGCAUCACUGUGGCGGAGAAAGUCUUCACUGGCAAAACACUCUUCAUGCAUGAAGACGAGCCAGUGGAGUCCUAUGAGCACUUGUCUCUGAAGAUCCUGCACCGCUGGGCGGAGAUUCCAGAUGUGGGAUACAAGCUUGUACCAGAGCACAUCGAGACCAGAACUCUGUUUAACAAGGCCCGGCCCGGCAUGGACCAGGGUCAGGUACAGAUGUGGGUCGACAUGUUUCCCAUGGACCUUCCUCAUCCUGGACCUUCAGUGGACAUUUCACCUCGAAAACCAAAAGGGUACGAGCUGCGCAUCAUCAUCUGGAACACGGAAGAUGUGAUUCUGGAGGACAGUAACUUCCUGACCGGUCAACAGUCCAGUGAUAUCUACAUCAAGGGCUGGUUGAAAGGCUUAGAGGACGACCGACAGGAGACCGACGUCCACUACAACUCUCUGACCGGAGAGGGAAACUUCAACUGGCGCUUUGUCUUCCCCUUCAACUACCUGCCCGCUGAGAAGGUUGUAGUGGUGAGGAAGAGAGAGAGCAUUUUCUCUCUGGAUAAAACAGAGCAGAAGCUUCCCGCCAUCCUCAUUCUGCAGGUCUGGGACUUUGAGACGCUCUCCUCGGACGACUUCCUCGGCACUGUGGAGUUAGACCUCCAUGAUUUCCCUCGUGGGGCCAAGACGGCCAAGUCCUGUAAGGCGGACAUGUUGACGGACCGGACGGAGAGAAUCUCCAUCUUCCAGCAGAAGAGAGCAAGAGGCUGGUGGCCCCUCAGCAAAUCUGGAGAGCUGACGGGCAAAGUGGAGGCGGAGUUCCAUCUGGUGACGGCUGAGGAGGCGGAGAAAAAUCCCGUCGGACGGGCCCGCAAGGAGCCGGAGCCGCUUCCGAAACCGAAUCGUCCAGACACCUCCUUCUCUUGGUUUGUCAAUCCGUUCAAGUGUUUCUUCCACCUGGUGUGGCGUAGCUACAAGAAGUACAUCAUCAUCGCCCUGGUCCUGCUCAUCACAUUGCUCUUCCUCGCCCUGCUGUUCUACACGCUGCCAGGAGCCAUCUCUCAGAAGAUAGUCGGUGGAUAACACACACCACCCCCUGGACUGUAUUCACGCUGCAUUUUCCUCCGUGACAACGUUACACAUUCCUACCAACAAGACAGUAUCGACUCAAUUGAAGCGGAGCGAUGAUUACAGCGGCCAGUAACUCAUUCAGCUGAUGUAAGGUUUUCCGAGUGUUUUAAUAGGAAAGUUUGAUUUUUAAAAAUCUAUCCUCAUA